GUUAAUUUAGUUGGUUGCUUCUUGAAGAUAUCCUGUUAAAUUAAGAUGAGGUGCAGCGUUUCCAUUUUCAUUGCUAUUUUGGCAACUGUUUCUGCUUUUGGUGAAGAAUGGACACAUUUUAAAAAAAAUCAUGGAAAAUUUUAUAGAAACUCAGUUGAAGAGACUUACCGAUUUUCAGUAUAUCAAGCUAAUUUACGCAGAAUCGAAGAACAUAAUGUAAAAUUCGAACAAGGCCUAUCUACUUUCCGAAUGGGAAUGAAUCAAUUUGGAGAUUUAACCCCCGAAGAAUUUCUUGAGAGGCAGAAGCUUUCAAAAUUGAAUAUUCCAUCGACUUAUGGAACAUUUGAAAAUUUUGAAGUUGAAUUCGAUGGUGAUGUUCCAGAUGCAGUUGACUGGAGAGAAAAGGGAGCAGUAACUGAAGUAAAAGAUCAAGGAGAUUGUGGAUCCUGUUGGGCAUUCAGUACCACUGGCGCAAUUGAAGGAGCAUAUUUUAUUAAAACAGGACAACUUAUCUCCCUGAGUGAACAAAACCUCGUUGACUGUGCUAAACAGUGCCUAGGUUGCGACGGAUGUUAUACGGACGAUGCUAUGGAGUACGUUGAGCAAAAUGGAAUAGUGAAAGAAGGGGCAUAUCCUUAUAAAGGACGGGAAUCUCUAUCUUGCUUAGUCAAUGUAUCGGAAUCUGUAUUAAAACCUAAGGAACAUAUUUUUGUAGCCAUUGGCGAUGAAGAUAAAUUAAAGAGGGCUGUUGCUAGGCAACCAAUAUCUGUAGCUAUAGACGCAGAAUUUCAUUUUCAAUUUUACCAUUCAGGAGUUUUUAAUGAUACAACUUGUCAUUCAGAAAAAGAUAACUUAGACCAUGCUGUAUUGGUUGUUGGAUAUGGUACUUUAGAUGGUAUUGACUACUGGCUGGUGAAAAAUUCUUGGGGUGUAACAUAUGGUCAGAAUGGUUACGUGAUGAUGUCAAGAAAUAAGAAUAAUCAAUGUGGAAUUGCUACAUUUGCUCUAUAUCCAGUGUUUUAAAUAUGAUAAUUUUAGUUGAAACGAUCUUUGUGAUUAUCUCUGUUAAUAAACGUUUAAAUUUUUUCUAUUU